GAAUUGACACCACGUUACCCUAGCACGCACCAGCUUAUUUUUAAUUCAAAACCCUAGCUGUAAUUGCUCAUUGGAUAUUGUCCUAAACCUUGCCCAAUUUGGCGCUUUUGGGUUUGGUGGCUCUGAACAAAAAAUCUUUAAGGCAACAGCUUCAGCUUCCGACUCUGAUAUUCGUAAGAAAAAAGAGGUCUUUAAUGGCAGAAGUGAAAGUUAUAACUUUAGGAGGUAAGGGUUCGUCUCUUUCAUCCUCUUCCGUCUACGCUGUCGCCACCGGCCAAGCACAAUUACGUAAUGAUUCAUCGGCAAUCGAUAGACUACUCUCUGAUCAAGACCCUCCACCGUCUCUUAAACCAUUUCAAAUCCCCUUUCUCAAAUCCUUGACCCCUCUCGAAAUCCGCGCCUCUCUCACCUUUCUUCUUAACAAGCUCCUUCUGUUGUCCAAUUCCACCAGCAUUCGUACUUUUCUUCCCAAUCUGAUUUGUGAAAUCCUAAAUUCGAAAUUUGAGACUGGGAAUUUCAACUCAAUUGAGUUGACUGAGAAGGAAUGUAUUGCAGUAGAGAAAUCGUCUGCUCAGGUGUUCGGAGUUUGUUCCAUUCUGGACCAUGAAUCUGCGGCUUUGGCUUCAGUUGUGGAUGCUGUUGCUGCUUUGUCGUGUGAGGCAGCUAAGGGUGAUGUGUCCGCGUUUAGUUCCAUGGACACUGGAGAUGGCUAUGUUGACAAGGAAGGUAUUGGGGUUGCUGGAGACAUGAAAGUAUUGCUUAAUGGGUCUAAGCUGGUGGGUAAAGUACAGAAUGAUGCGUUUUCUAAGAUUCCAAAGAUUAAUGGAAGAUUGAGGGAAGUGGUGAAGUCAGUGCAUUCUGUAUCGCGGGUCGCAUUGAAUUCUCGCGAGGAAGUCUAUGAAGGCGACGCCAUCCCAGCUGUAAUAGCAUUAGCUGCUGCGCUUCAGAACUUGGGAAAGAGUAGUUUGUGUCGGGCGAAAAUUAAUUUGGAAUCAGUGGGAAAUGAGAGUUUGAAAAACAGUUUGCUAACUAGGUUUGAAAGCAAAUGUCCUAAUGAGAAUGUGUUAAGAAAUGCUUAUAAGCUGGCUUUGGAUUCAGAUUUUGAAGAGGAUAAUGGGAAAUUUGUGCACGAAGUGAAUGCAUUGUUGGGGACUGUGUGGAGGAUCGUUGCCUGGGAGGGUAUCACAGCAUUUGUGGCUCUUGAAGGUGGAGAGCUGAUGAGUGUAAAGGCCGCUGAAGUAAUUGACGUAAAUGGGAGGGAUGAGAAGGUGGCGAAGAAGGGUGAGAAGAAGAAGAAAAAGGCCCUUUUGGGUAAAGGGACUAGCUUGAUUGUACAGUUAAUUAAGGACAGGUUGCAGAGCAAGGGAGAGGAUUCCAGUGACGGUUUGCAGGUUUUGGAAAAAUGGGUUGAGGAUCUUUUGUUGUUUUUUGAUCCAAAAGAACCAGAAUUUGAUGUGAUGGUACAGAAAGUGAAAGAGAUUGUGGAAAGCAAUGAGAGUAGGAGACUUCCCAAACUUCCGAAGGGGACUCGUGAUUUUGCCAAAGAGCAAAUGGCAAUUAGAGAGAAAGCAUUUUCAAUAAUAACAGAUGUCUUCAAGAGGCAUGGCGCCACAGCCUUAGACACUCCUGCAUUUGAAUUGAGAGAGACUCUUAUGGGGAAAUAUGGGGAGGAUUCAAAAUUGAUUUAUGAUCUUGCUGACCAGGGUGGAGAGCUUUGUUCUUUGCGGUAUGACUUAACUGUUCCAUUUGCAAGGUAUGUGGCUAUGAAUGGUAUCACAUCCUUUAAAAGGUAUCAAAUAGCUAAAGUGUACAGAAGAGAUAACCCAUCUAAGGGAAGAUACCGUGAAUUUUACCAAUGUGAUUUUGAUAUUGCUGGCCAAUAUGAAGAAAUGGGACCAGAUUUUGAGAUUGUUAAGAUUUUGACAGAGUUGCUUGAUGAGCUUGACAUUGGAGAUUAUGAGGUUAAAUUGAACCAUCGAAAAUUGUUGGAUGGCAUGCUAGAAAUUUGUGGAGUGCCAUCUGAAAAGUUCCGUACUAUUUGUUCAAGUAUUGACAAACUAGACAAGCAAUCCUUUGAGCAAGUAAAAAAAGAAAUGGUUGAGGAGAAGGGAUUGAGUUUUGAGACUGCAGACAAGAUUGGCACAUUUGUGAAGGAAAGGGGACGACCUAGGGAAUUAUUAUCAAAGCUUAAACAAGAGGGCAGUGAGUUUUUGGGCAACGCAUCUUCUAAACGUGCAUUGGAUGACUUGGAAAUUUUAUUUGGUGCUCUAGAGAAGUCAAAGUGUGUUGACAAAGUGGUUUUUGACUUGAGUCUUGCUAGAGGGCUUGAUUAUUAUACUGGAGUCAUAUUUGAAGCUGUUUUUAAAGGGACUACACAGGUUGGUUCCAUCGCUGCUGGAGGAAGAUAUGACAACCUUAUAGGAAUGUUUGGUACAAAGCAGGUUCCAGCUGUGGGAGUCAGUCUUGGAAUUGAGCGAGUAUUUACCAUAAUGGAGCAGGUUGUAAAGGACCGGAACCAGACAACUCGACCAACUGAAACCCAAAUUCUGCUGAGCAUACUAGGGGAUAAAAGUAAACUAUCUUUAGCUGCAGAGCUCGCUAGUGAGUUGUGGGGUGCCAAGUUGAAAGCAGAAUACAUUGUGAGUACAAGGUUCAGUAAGCACAUUGACCGUGCAAAAGAGUCUAGAAUUCCCUGGAUGGUACUCGUGGGUGAUAAGGAGCUAGAGAAAGGGAUUGUAAAAAUAAAGAACCUCGAAACCACAGUUGAAGAAGAGGUCCCUAGAAGUACAUUUGUUGAUGAACUUAGGAGACGAUUGAGCCUAUGAAAAUCUCACCUGCUCAACACAAAAUCGAACCAUUGUUCUGUUCUAACACUAAAUCAUCACAGCCUCCACUGUGUCAUAUAUGAUAUGCUUCACACAGGUAUUUUAUAUAAUUUUAGUGGGUAUAUUGCGAAAUGUGGUAUUUAUAUACCAAAAAGAUCGAAAGCCUUAUGUUGCAAUUAUGUCACUUCUGCUCUUUAUUCUUUAACGAAAUUGCAAUAGCUUCCUCCCUUUUUUGACAAAAGGGUGAGAAUCUGUGAACCGGUCAAUACAAUUUGAUAAAAGAAUGUUAUUUUCUUCAUAGUUGACAUUUGAGCUUUGAGCUGUUGGUUGACA